AUGGAGUUGUCCCGGAGUGGUUCAAAACUGGUUCGUUCCUUCAGACAUAUUCCUGGUCCAAUAAGCUUGCCAGUGAUUGGUACCCUUUACCUAUAUAAACUAGGUAUAUUUAAUGUGCUGAAAUACCAUGAAGUUUUGCAACACUUGUAUGAGAAAUAUGGUCCAAUAUCUAGAGAAAAUAUUGGGAGCUCGACUUUGGUCCAUGUAUUUGACCCAGAUGAUGCCCGGAUAAUCUAUCAGAAUGAAGGGAAAAUGCCACAUGUCGUUCCUCUACAAGAAACAGCUCAGUUGUACAGGCAGAAAGCUGAAAUGUCAUUGGGUUUAGGAAACACCAAUGGGGCAGAGUGGUAUCGCUUACGUGCAGCCAUUCGUCACCUGAUGUUACGACCUCGUGAUGUGCAGCAAUACUUGCCUGAUGUUGGCUUGGUCGCACGUGACUUGGUCUCAAGGCUUCGAUGUUGCAGAGAUGAGCAGGGAUGUGUCCCUGACUUGGCCACGGAGAUAGCAAAGUGGGCUCAAGAGUCUGCAGGCGUCGUGUGUUUUGAUCGACGGCUGGGUUACCUUAGUGACGGCCCUCAGAAAGCUGUGAUAGAGCAAGUGAUCCAAGCCAACAAGAAUAUGUUUUAUCUCUCCGGACUACUGAAGUUCUCCUUACCCGUCUACAAGUACAUACCUACACCGAAAUGGAAGAAAAUUGUGGAAGCUGAAGAUAUUGUUGUGAGGACAACACUCAAGUAUGUUAACGAAGCAUUGGUCUCAAUUGAAACGUUAGCUAAAGAGAAUAAGCUAACUGCUAACAAAUUCAGUUUUAUGACAUCUUUGCUGGCAAAGGAAAAUUUAAGCAAGAAAGACAUAGAAACUUUAACUUUCUCCUUAUUUGUGGAUGGACUGAGCACAACUGUACCAACUGUUCUGCACAACCUGUACAGUCUAGCAACCAAUCCUGUUGUUCAAGAUAAAGCAUACAGAGAGAUUCAACAAGUAAUGGGAAAAGAUGAAGUAAUAACAUCUGACCAUCUUAGCCAGUUCAACUAUAUAAAGGCUGUAAUCAAAGAAACCUUCAGAAUGUAUCCAAAUGGGACUGAAAUUUCCAGAAUACUUCAAAAUGAUCACGUUUUAUCCAACUACCAUAUACCAGCACAGACAUGUGUCAGCAUCAACAUGGGGGUUCACUUUCGCUCUCCUCAUUAUUUUUCUGCUCCUGACCAAUUUCGCCCUGAAAGAUGGCUUCGAGGUGAGAAGGCUGAUAACCCCCACCCCUACGUCCUUACACCAUUUGGGGUUGGCACUCGGACCUGUGCAGGAAGAAGAUUUGCUGAACAAGACAUGUAUGUUCUCCUCACUGAGGUAGUUAGGACUUUCCAGUUGAGUUUUGAAGGAACCGAACCUCUUGACUUGGAGUACAACACUCUUUUGUUACCAUCUAAACCUCUCCGUAUAAGGUUUACCCCUCGACACUCAUAGCAUACUACAUACACUAACCACAGGAGAUUAAAGGGUGGAAAGCUAGAUGAUAAAGAAUCAAAUACAUAUAAACAUGCUCUAGAAAAUUCUCUGUCAAGUGAGGAAACACCACAAGCUGGAAUCAACAAGAGAUGGUUUGGGUUUUUAAAGAGUAAAAUCGACAAAUUCAGAAAAGCUGUAGAUCAACAACAAAGGUUAGAUUUGGAACUUGCUUCAGAAACAACUCGACUUGAAGAACUUGAGAAAUUGAGAGAAGCUGAAACCAUUGAUGAUAAUACUGCUUAUGAUAAACUCAGUAGUUGGCAGGUAAAACUUUUGAAGGAUAUUGCAAAAACAAAAAAGAGAAAAGAAGACCUGUCUGUCAGAGCUGGAGUUGCAAAUGCUUUAGCUGAAAAACUGUCUGCUUUAAAUGAAGAUUCUACUAGAAGUGAGAGUCAAAUCAAGGAUAGAUCAAAUAAGCUAAGCAAAGCUCUUUUAGACCAAGCCAAAGUUAAUCUGGAACUUGCUUUAGCAACCAAAAAACUUGAAGAACUGCAAAGUCAAAAGGAAGCUGAAGAAAUAGACAUCUCUAUUGCUCCUGUUAAACUUACCAGAUGGCAACAGAAUCUUUUAAGUGAUAUUGUAAAAACUAAAGAAAAGAAAGAAUAUCUGACGGUUGAUGCUGCAGUGGCGAAAACCAAAGUUGAUAAACUGAAACAGCAUGUGAGUGAUGUUGGAGGGUUGCCUGACAAUGUUGUCACUAAUACUGCCAACAAGAUGAAGAAACAGAUUAGUGAGAAAGUGCACAAAGCAGAGAAAACCCUGAUGAGAAUGAAAAUGGACCUUGAACUGGCAACAACUAAACUCGAACAGCUAAAACUACAAAGGCAGGAUGAAACUGUGUAUGAUAAAAAUAGCAGGAAAAAAUUGAAGAGCAGCUACAAAAAUCUUCUAAAUGAUAUUGAAAAGACAAAGGAAAAGAAGUAUGAUUUAACUCUAAAAGCUGCUUUGGAGGAACAAACAAUUGACCACCUAAAGCCGAAACUAAAUGCAGUUGAUGGAAAAACUUCUAAUAAUAGUACCCAGUAAUGGAAAUACUGCUGAUAUAAAACCUGCCAAAUAGUUACUUUUUGUGCAUUGAUUUUUUGUGAAUUCUAAAAUAAAGGUCAAAGAAAUUAUUGAUUAAAACAAGUGCAAACCUAUAA